GUAAUCCGAUUUCAUUCUAAUUUUUCAUGGCCCCAAAAUUCCCCGCCAAAUUCAUUAAGUUAUCAGUAAGCUUUCUGAAACUUCAGAAACCCUAAGAAAUUUCAGAGUGUCACUCGGAACAGUUCGAGAUGGAAGCUUUCUGAGACUCGACACCCUGGGGAAUUUCAGUGUUUAUACACUGCCACAGAAAGGUUUUCUGAAACUCUGGAAACCCUAAGAAAUUUAAAAGCAUACUGCGUUAAAUAUUUCAUGGUGGGCUCGAUUCCCUCCGUUUCUUUGAAGUACUUCUGAAUUUGCAGAAGGAUUGCAGAGAUUUUGCAGUUUUCUCUGCAAAUUCAAGCUCAAGCAACAAGAGAAUCUGUUGACUUCCAAGAAUUUGUCCAGUUGCUGUUAUAUUCUGUAAGGAAUUUAUAAUCUGAAGGUAUGACUCUGCCAUGGUUGAGAUCUGGGAGUGGAAUCUUCAUUGCUAUGGAGUGUUUAUGAGUUAUGACAUGGAGAUUGAACAUAAAAGCUCUUGAUAUUAUCGGUCAUUUUAGGGCCAUAGACAGAGUAACAAGCUGAUGGGAUUUUGAAUCAUGGAGAGAGAUUGAUAGCAACAUGUUGCAGAGAGAGAUGGAGGCUCCACGAGAAGAUGGAGGGAGAGGUGGGCUUGUUGCACAAAGAUCAGUGGUUGGAUUUCCUUUGGCUGCACAGCCGGAGAUAAUGAGAGCUGCAGAAAAGGAUGAUCACUAUGCUUCUUAUGUCUAUGAUGCUUGCCGUGAUGCCUUUCGCCAUUUAUUUGGUACAAGGGUGUCUAUUGCUUUCCAAAAUGAGACAAAGUUGUUGGGACAGAUGCUUUAUUAUGUAUUGACUACGGGUUCAGGACAACAAACACUGGGAGAAGAAUAUUGCGACCUAACUCAGGUCUCAAGCUCUUCUGGACUUCCUCCCACACCUGCAAGACGUGUUCUCUUUGUUGUUCUCCAUUCAGCGGUUCCUUAUCUUGCUGAAAGAAUAAGCUCUAGGGCAGCUGCUCGUGGAAUGCUUCUUGCCAAUUCACAACCAGAGGAGUUGUAUGAUAAUUACCAUCCAGGAAGGGGUGAAGGCCAUUCUUCCGGUACUAGUGGAAGUUAUUCUUCUCUUCCUGGAACAGGAGAAUCGGUGAUACGACCUUUGGGGAUGCGGGAUAAAAUUCGUUUGUUAUGGCUUCGGGCUUUGGAAAAGUGGCCUUCGGUGCUUCCAUUUGCUCGUGAGGUUUCACAACUUGUACUUCGUGCAAAUUUAAUGCUAUUUUACUUUGAAGGUUUAUACUAUCACAUGUCGAAACGUGCUGCCGGUAUUCGCUAUGUAUUUAUCGGGAAGCCAUUGCAUCAAAGACCAAGGUAUCAAAUUCUUGGUGUGUUCCUUCUAAUCCAGCUUUGCAUCAUUGGAUUUGAAGGGCUGCGCCGGAGUAGUUUGUCUUCUAUUGCCAAUUCAGUCCAGACAUCACUAGGAAGUCAGCCUACACCAACAGGACAAGGCAUGCCAGUUUUAAAUGAAGAUGGAAGUUUGAUUUCGGAUUUGGGUGCUGGAAAGGGAGAUUGGACUUCUCAUGCCGCAACUGUUCCUGAGUCACAGAAAUCUGGUAAUUUCAGCAAAUGCACGCUCUGUCUUAGUCCUCGCCAAAACCCCACCGCCACACCUUGUGGACAUGUCUUCUGCUGGACCUGCAUUAUGGAGUGGUGUAAUGAGAAGCCGGAAUGUCCUCUUUGCCGCACACCGGUAACUCAUUCUGGUCUAGUCUGUAUAUAUCAUGCAGAUUUUUGAUAUUUAUACUUCUUUCCUGUUGUUUCUUGUUGACCAUAAAGGACCAACUCUAAGAAAAUAAAAUUACAUUUGAAAUUAUCAUUUA